AUGGCUUCACCCAACCCCGAUCCUCCCGCCGCCGAUUCUCCAUCGCGUGAUGUCACCACAGAGAAGGAACAAAAGUCGGAAGUUAAUGGGCAUGCGACUCCUGAUAAGUCAAACGACGCGCCUGAAUCCACAUCAGUUAAUGGCGACGACAAGACAGACGAUCACCCAGUCGCUAACGGUGUGAGCAAGGAUGUCGAGAUGGCGGAUAGUGAUGAAAAGAAGGCUUCUCCUUCCCCAUCCCCACCCAAGGACGACGCUGCAGAGGCCAAGGACAAGUCUGACAGUGCCGAGGCGAAAGAGCUGGGCGAUAAGGAGUCGGGCGAAUCCAAAGCUGCUGAAGACGAGCCAGCUGCUGCAUCUGAAGAUGUUGAUAUGGCAGAUGCUUCACCAGCAGACAAACCUCAAGAUGACAAGCCCGCGCAAGACGUGUCUGCUAAAAAAUCUGUCGAGGAAGACGCUAAAGAUGUUGAUAUGACAGAGAAGCCUGCUGAUGCGCCUGAGAAGACCGACGCAACUGAUGACAAGGCGACCACGUCAAAAAAUGCUGUGGCCGAUGCCCCUGAGGCCGACGAGCAGCCCGCCAGCCUAUCUCAACUUACGAUUGAUGGCAAUGAUGUUGAUGGCCCCAAGCCUUCUGUCGAUAGCAAUGAUGUUGACGCCCCCAAACCCUCCACCGAAGUGUCAAUGCAAGAUGCGCCGGCCCUCGACACUUCUACUGGUUCCAAAGUCGCGCGUGAACGUGAGGAGGAUUCCGCAGAUGAGCCUGCACCCAAGCGAGCCAAGACAGAGCCCAAGUCUGAGGAACCUGCCGACGCUAUGGCACCCGCUCCCAAGACUGAAAUCGCUAUUAAGAACGAAACAGCUCCCAACGAGUCGGCUCCUGAGCAGGAAUUGUCACGCUUCUCUGGCCUUGAGCGAUGGAACGAUACCAAAUAUAAGGAGCAGAAGCUUACCGCUCAUCAGCGACGCGAGUUCCGUAAGGUGCUUGGACGUGUGAAGAAGACCAAGUCGGGCGGGCACUUCAAAGAUGCUGUCCCGAAGCUGUGGCCACAACUCGCCGAUAGCUAUCUGUCCAAGAUCGAUAAGCCAACUGAUUUAUCAGAGAUUGACCGGACCCUGCGCGAUGCCGUGUACACCACUAUUGGCGACUUCCAAAAUGACUUGGUUCUCAUGUACGACAACACUCAAACCUUCAAUGGCACCUUGCACGAAGUAACGACUUCGGCGUUCAAUGCCAUCCGAGAUAUUUGGGAGAACAUCAUUCAGAUCCCGGCGGAAGAAGCGGUCAAGCCGAAGUCUGCCCCUAAGCCUAAACCUCCUCGUGAGCCGCGCAUCAGCUCCUUGGGUGACUCAGUUGCCCGUAAACCAUCUGCCGGACCUGGCACAAGUCCUGCUGCCGAGAGUGUGUCAUCAAAGCCAAGGCAUGGAUCUCAAGAAGCUGCUGCGGUGGCGACGGCGUCAGAGUUGCGUCGUGCUUCCAAUGCAACUGAAGGCGAUCGUCCCAAGAGAACUGUUCGUGCUCCCAAAUCCAAGGAUAUCGACUACACAACAAAGCCUUCGCGCAAAAAACUCAAGCCUGAGUUGCAGUUUUCCGAGGAAGUAUUGAGUGAAAUGAUGCACCCAAAGAACACGGCACUCAACUCCUGGUUCAUGGACCCUGUCGAUGCCGAAGGAUUGAACAUCCCCCACUACUACUCCAUCAUUAAGAAGCCCAUGGAUCUCAACAAGAUUUCCCGAAUGCUGAAGAAUGGUGAUAUAACCAGUGUCAAGGAGUUUGACAAGAGUGUGCGGUUGAUCUUUACCAACUGCUACACCUUCAAUGGCAGCGUUGACCAAGGAAACUCUGUGUCUUAUGUAGCCUCACAGUUGGAAGGGUACUACAACAAUUUGAUGAAGGACAAGGAUGCUUGGUUGGCAAGAUAUGCCAAGGCCAAUGCUCCUGCUCCCGGUAGUGAUGAUGAGGACGAAGAUGAAGAUGAGGUUGAGGGCGUUGAACCUGCAGGCCCCCCUGGUGCGGACCCGACUAAGGAAGUGCGUGACCUGGAAGCCAAGUUGCGGGAAGAAAGCGGGAAGCUCACUGACCUUUUCGCCGCCGAGACGCCGAACGAGAGUAUGAUUUCCAUUCAGCAGACCAUUGUUGGUGUUGUGCAGGAUAGUCUCCUCAAGGCGAAACAGGCCCUCAGUCAGUACCGCUCAAAGAAUCAGGACAAGCCUACAAAGAAGGCCGCCAAGCCUAGCAAGCCCAAGCCCAGUGGCUCUGUGCCUCGCAAGCCUAGCGGAACUGUGCCCCAUCCCAAGAAACCCAGUGGCUCCAAGAAGGCUGUCUCCAAGAAGACCCUGACAGCAGCGGACAAGGACGCGAUUGCUUCGGCCAUCAACGACCUUGACGGUGCACAACUCGAUCGUGCCAUCGAUAUCAUCAAGCGAGACACAGGCCAGAACGAGAACACUGACGGAGAGCUGGAGCUGGAUAUUGACCAGCUUAGCAAUGAGGCAUUGCUCAAGCUGUGGGAACUGUGUAGGAAGGUGCUCCCAGGAUUUGGUAAGGACUCUAACGUACCAUCUUCUCCUGAAGCAUCCCGAGCGGCGCCUCCCAAGCAUUCCAAGUCGUCGUCGACGUCGGCAAAGCCCAAGAAGAACAAACCCAUGAGUGCUCGUGAGCAGGAGGAGCGCAUCGCACAGCUUCGCGGCCUUCGUGAUCUGUACAGACCUGGCCAAGAGCCCGGAGACGCCCAGCCUGUGCUGCAAGCCCCCACACCCACCGCCGAAUCCAGUGAUGAAUCGGAUUCGGAGGAAGAGUAA